CCGUAUUGUAAAAAACGAAGAAGAAGUCCGUAAAUUUGUGGGAACUUUCUUGCGAUUUCAGAGCUUUUUCCAGUUCUAACAGUGAGGAAAUGAGAACUAAAGCUUAGCCACCAUGAAACUGUAUUGUCUUUCGGAGCAACCCAGUGCACCAUGUCUUCUGUUGACCUUCAAGGGGACCACCAUCCUUCUAGACUGCAGUCUGGACCUCGGGAGCCUUCAGCAUUUCCUCCCUCUUCCUCUGGUUCCAAGCACUCAGUUUACAAAGAUGCCGAAUUGGAAGCCAAGUGAGAAGGGCCAUGGACUAUCACAUUCAAAGGAACUUAAAGAGUGCAGUGGAAGGGUGUUUGUGGAUGCUACACCAGAAGUCUGCACUCCUGAGUUUGGAAUGAUUGACAUGUCGACGGUAGACGCCAUCUUGAUUUCAAACUACCACUGUAUGCUGGGCCUACCAUUCAUCACUGAGUUUACAGGUUUCAAAGGUGUCAUAUAUGCAACUGAACCGACUAUUCAAAUUGGCAGACAGAUGAUGGAAGAGCUUGUUGAGUACAUGGAAAGAGUGCCCAAGAAGCACUCAUCCUCCCUCUGGAAGAAACCCGACUUACUGAAGACAUUACCUGCCCCGCUCAAGGAUGUGAAGUGGCUCGGUUGCUGGAAGAAGUGCUACAGCAAGCAUGAUGUCAAUGCCUGUCUAUCCAAAAUCACCAAUGCAGCAUUCUCAGAAAAACUGAGUUUGUUUGGAGCCCUGACACUUGUUCCAUUGAGCUCUGGUUUCUGCCUGGGAAGCUGUAACUGGAUCAUUAGCUCGGCUUAUGAAAAGGUAUCCUAUGUAUCGGCCUCAUCAUUUCUCACCACACACUCUAUGCCCAUCAACCAAGACCCUCUGAAGAACAGUGACGUCAUCGUCCUGACUGGACUCACACAGACCCCAGCUCACAACCCAGACAGUAUGCUUGGAGAGUUCUGCAGUACACUCACCAUGACAAUCAAGAGCGGAGGCAACGUCUUAGUCCCAUGCUAUCCAUCUGGUGUGAUCUAUGAUCUCUUUGAGUGUCUGGCUGGUUAUAUGGAGAGCGUUGGUCUCAUGCAAACCCCUCUCUACUUCAUCUCUCCCGUAGCGGACAGCUCGCUUGCUUUCUCACAGAUACUUUCUGAAUGGCUAUGUGGUGUGAAGCAAUCCAAGGUUUAUCUUCCAGAGCCUCCGUUCCCUCAUGCAGAACUCAUCAAGAAUGGCAGGUUAAAACACUUCCCAAGUGUACAUGGUGAAUUUAGCAACCAGUUCAAAACCCCCUGUGUAGUGUUUACUGGACACCCCUCUCUUAGAAUGGGAGAUGCCGUUCACUUUAUGGAGAUGUGGGGCAAGAACAGUAACAAUACAGUCCUCUUUAUAGAGCCUUCAUUUCCCUACUUGGAUGCACUGGCACCAUACCAACCCCUUGCGAUGAAGGCGUGCUACUGUCCUAUUGACACAGCGCUCACCUUUCCUCAAGCAAACAAGUUAAUGAAAGACCUCAAGCCUCUUCAAGUGGUCCUGCCUGAAUCCUACCUCAAUCCACCAGAAUCCCAUCCCCUAAGAACCGAUCUGGUUGUGGAAGUGGACCCAGCAGCUACACCAUACAGUCGUGAUGAUGUCAUUAGCCUGCUUGUGAAGAGGAGAUAUGAGAAGGUCGAGAUUACUCCAGAGGUUGCCAGCAGUCUUGCUCCUGUAGAACUCCAGCCUGGUGUCUUGGUGUCCACGGUAACUGGCCAACUCAACGUCCAUGACAACAAGUUUAUUCUGGAGGAGCUGCCCUCUCCUCAAGCCAACCCACUGCUUCCUACCGGUCAACCUCAGAGAAAGAGAAAGCGAGAAGAAGAGAACUUGACCACGCCCAAAACCUACACCUCUCACCCCAAGCACUAUGUCUAUGGUAACAUUGACAUUGAGGAGUUUGUGCAGAGUCUUGCCACGAAUGGAAUCGCUGAUGUCAAGGUAGAAAGCACAGGAUCAGGGCAUAUUGUUCAUUUGGAAUCGGAAGAUACCAUUAUACAGCUUGAGGAGGGGUCCACCCACAUCUUCUGUGAGGGGAAUGAGAAGCUGAGAAAACAGCUGAGAGAUGUACUGAUCAGUUGCUUAGGAAGAUUUUGAUGAAAGCUGAAGACUUUAUGAACUGUUUGUCACAGAUGAAUUAACUCAACCAGUGGAUAAUAAAGUGUUUUUGGAAGAAGGUGAAUUGGAACUCUGACGACAUGCUUUUACCCAAAUGUUGUUUUGUGGCCAUUCUUAACUAAGCCGUGACUUCUAAUGUUGUCUCUCUUUCUCUCUUUUUUAAAAGUCAGUAGGGGUUAUAAAUGAAGCGAAAUCAUGUGUUUUAAAGGUACUAUGUCCCAUUUGCAGGCCCAAGAAAUGAAAAAGUUAAAUUCCAACUGCAUUUGAAAGAUGAUAAUACUAAUUUAGAACUU